AUGACCACCAGGCUCUCCCUUGACACACUCCCAGUAGAGUUGCUCUACGAAGUUCAGUACCAUGCGUUGUCCGAAUGGCUCCCCUAUACGUCGCAACACAUCCGACGGGUCUUCCAAGUCGCUCCCCUUUCGGUGAGGGCCCAGUACCUUAUCGGCAAGUACUACACGACCCGCACGCCUGCCACAAGAACCCGAGGAAUCAUCACGCUCGCCCUGCGCUAUCCAUUGUGCACCCGGGACGUGCUCGAAGCAAUACUACGAGAUGGCACAUGCCCCGUUAUCCCACUGUACGCUCCGGACCUUCCUCAGCGGCUGUUCCGCGAGCUAUCACCCCGAAAAGACGGACCUUGGACUGUCAGAGAUGAACCCCUACCCCUACUGCACUAUCUAUUUAACCACGAUCGAAUACCUCGACCGAACACCAAUGCACAUCAAGGCUUCGCGCUGACAAUGGCGGUCCAUGCGGGUUUCAGACCCCUGAUCUCGUUCCUGUUGGAGAACGGUGCCGAUCCUUCGUGGAAGGACGGCUUGGCCGUUCUCGUCGCCAUCAAGCGCAAGGACCUUGACCUGGUGAAGAUGCUUGUCGAGCGCAGCGGAUCGUCCGUUGUAACGGACAAUCCACCCACGUCCCAGGCAAGGAAGAGAAAGCGGGGCGAACGAGAGGUGGUGCGAUCGUCCAGUAAACGACCAAGGCUCGAAGAUCGUCUAAAGUGCAACGUGGAGAUGUUAAGGAUAGCGGUCAAAGAAGGCGCUAUGGAUAUCGUGCAGUACCUUCGAGAAGAGAAGGGGUGUGUACCCGACAUGAAGACGCUACGCAUAAUGUCUGUGUGA